CACCUGCGUUCCACACUCGAUUCCAGGAAUAGCUGUCAAUUGUAUCGUAGGCAAUUGGUACCUUGGUCACAAUCGCAGUUUUUUCGAGACGACGACGAAGCAAUAACUGCGUGCUGGUCCCCACUUUUCGUUUGCAGUAGUUUGCUAUUACAACACCGCUGGCAAGAUGGCUCUAAGCGAUGCAGAUGUUCAGAAACAGAUCAAGCACAUGAUGGCCUUCAUCGAGCAGGAGGCCAACGAGAAGGCGGAAGAAAUCGAUGCAAAAGCCGAAGAAGAGUUUAACAUCGAGAAGGGCCGUCUGGUGCAACAGCAGCGCCUGAAGAUCAUGGAAUACUACGAAAAGAAGGAAAAGCAGGUCGAGCUGCAGAAGAAGAUCCAAUCUUCUAACAUGCUGAACCAGGCCCGUUUGAAGGUGCUAAAGGUACGGGAAGACCACGUAUCCAGCGUGCUCGAGGAGUGCCGUCGUCGUCUCGGCGAAGUAACGAAGGAUUCCACUCGCUACGGCGAAAUCCUGACUGCCCUCAUCACUCAGGGAUUGCUGCAGUUGAUGGAAGCCAACGUUCUUAUCCGUGGCCGUCAAGUGGACGCCCAAGUUAUCCAGAACGUCCUGCCGGCAGCUGUCGAAUCGUACAAGUCCAAGUGUGGGCGUGAUGUUGUGGUCACUUUGGACACGGAGUCCUUCCUACCGGCUGACACGACUGGUGGCGUUGAUCUGCUUGCACAGUCGGGACGUAUUAAGGUAUCCAACACGCUUGAGUCGCGACUGGAGCUGAUUGCCCAGCAGUUGGUGCCGGAGAUCCGUAAUGCGCUGUUCGGUCGCAACAUGAACCGCAAAUUCAACGAUUAAGACGAGCAAUCCUGGCUGAUGUGGUGCUGUUACUGCUUCAUCCAAGCGUCAG